GGGCUAUAAAAGCAUACGAGAGAAACGAUUGUCUGUUCAGUUAAUUUAAUUCACGGUCACGCGAAGUGAUUACCAAAUCUCAAAUGUUCAUCUACACGUUCGCUCUAUUCUGGCUCGCCCUCGUGCUUGUUCUCCGAUAUAUCUAUUCUUACUGGGAUCGGAAUGGAUUGGCGAGCAUCAAACCACAAAUUCCAUACGGAAAUUUGAAAUCCGUGGCACAAAAGACGCAAUCAUUCGGUGUCGCAACAUGUGAGCUCUAUUGGAAAUCGCAGGAACGGCUGGCCGGAAUCUAUCUCUUCUUUCGACCUGCCGUGUUGAUCCGGGAUGCCCACCUGGCCCAACGGAUCAUGACUACGGAUUUCAGCUACUUCCACGAUCGAGGUGUCUACUGCAACGAGGAGAUCGAUCCCUUCUCGGCAAACCUGUUUGCCCUGCCGGGUAAACGUUGGCGCAACUUGAGACAUAGGUUCACCCCACUGUUCACCAGUGGGCAACUUCGCUGUAUGAUGCCUACGAUUUUGGAUGUUGGGCACAAGUUACAGAAGUUUCUCGAACCGGCUGCGGAAAGGCAAGAAGUGGUGGACAUUCGUGAGAUCGUGUCGCGCGGUGUGCUGGAAUUGAUAGCGUCGCUCUUUUUCGGAUUCGAGGCGGACUGCAUCAAUGAUCCGGAUGAUGCGUUUAGCAAAACGCUGCGAGAGUUUCAGCUGGGAGGGUUCAUGAACAACUUCCGAACAGCUUGCACAUUUGUUUGUCCGGAACUUUUGCAAGUCACUCGGAUAUCAUCGUUGAGCCCACAGAUGAUAAAGUUUGCAACGGACGUGGUUACGAAACAGAUCGAACAUCGUGAGAAGAAUAAUGUUAGCAGGAAAGACUUUAUUCAGUUGUUGAUCGAUCUUCGACGAGAGGAAGCCAACAAUAACGAGGUGGCUUUAAGUUUUGAACAGUGUGCCGCAAACGUGUUUUUGUUCUAUGUGGCUGGUUCGGACACAUCUACGAGUGCGAUCACAUUCACGUUGCACGAGUUGACACAAAACCCGGAAGUUAUGGAUAAGCUACAAUCGGAAAUCGAUGAAAUGUUAGUACAAACUAAUGGUGAGCUGACAUAUACAGCUAUUAAGGAACUGCCUUAUUUGGACUUAUGCGUCAAGGAAACACUUCGAAAGUACCCGGGAUUAGCAAUUUUGAACCGCAAAUGUACUAAAUCGUAUGCAGUGCCAGAAUCCAGUGUUGUGAUUCAAGAAGGAACUCAGAUUAUGAUUCCGUUGUUGGCGUACGGUAUGGAUGAAAAAUAUUUCCCAGAACCCGAACGGUACUAUCCGGAAAGAUUUAAUAAACAAUCGAAAAACUAUGACGAGAAGGCGUACUAUCCAUUUGGGGAAGGUCCACGAAACUGCAUAGCCUACAGAAUGGGUGUGAUGGUCUCCAAGAUUGGAUUGAUUUUGCUGCUGUCAAAGUUCAAGUUCGAAGCUACACAAGGCCCGAAAAUAGUGUUUAGCGCUGCGACGGUGCCACUUGUGCCGAAAGGGGGCAUUCCUGUCAAAAUAUCAAAUCGGUGAAUUUUCGAUGCUUUUCCGUUGUUGUUAUAUAAGCUUUUAGGUAUAUAUUUACAUUAGUACAAAUUUUAAUAAAUAGAUGUGUGCUGACAAUUUUCA